GCGCACCAUCAAUUUCCCACGCUCAGGUGUUUGGCGUCAAUAUUUACCUUUCCAUAUGGACUAUCGUUAUACUACAAUUUUUACGUAGACUACAAGAAAUCGUCUAACCAAGUCUGCCCCGUAGCAAAGGACAUCAAUUGAAUUGUCAUUACAUCAGAACUUAGAGGUUUUAUCACAGUCGAGUUUUGCUCAGAAUUUGUUAUAAAUUAACAAAAUGAGAUGAUAAUCAGAAUGACAUCACUGCUAUUUCUUUCCGGCUUUUCAAACAUGCCAAAUGUGUGAUUACAGGAUUAAUGACAACGACACCUCGUCCUUCGAUUAUAGGGGCCAGGGCAAGUAUUGUAUGAGUGGGGACAAUAUGGCGGAAGCUCCAGGGGUUGAGGAGGAGGGGGAGGGGGGAUUCUCAGAGGAAGAGGAGGAUAUUGACAUUUAUGCCCAGCUGGAACAGAAGCAAAAGGACCUGACACUGGCUGCUGAGUUGGGAAAGGCUCUUUUGGAGAAAAAUGCGGAACUUGAGAGGAGAAAUGAACAAAUGAUAGAAGAGUUUGCUCAGAAAAUUGAGGAACUAGAACAAGAGAAGUAUGAACUCUACCUCCGACUAGAGAAAAAGGAAUCUGAAUAUGAGAAUACUAUUAAAGAGCUGCAAUAUGACAUCAGUCAGCUGAGAGAGGAGCUCCAAUCUCACCAGAACCAGAGCACCACCAGUGUUAAAGAGAGUUCCAUGGCAAUAAGGGAGUUAACUCUGCAAAAUGAGCACCUGACAGAGGACCUUCGGGCAGCAGGAAUGAGGGAAGAGGUACUAGAAGCAGAGAACCAGUCUCUGAAGGAGAAAAUAACAGCAAGGAGGUCAUCAAUGCACAUUCAUGUUGGUCAACUAGAAAUCCUACAACAAGAGAUUAAUGAGCUGCGGUCAAAGCGGCAGGAAUUGGAAAAGAGACACAUCAUCGUACUGGAGGAGAAGCAUGCUGUGUCGUGCAGCCUGGAGGAAUCGCAGGAACGAAUUCUGAUGUUAGAAAAGUCCAAAAGGGAAAUUGAACAGACUGUCCAGAACCGGGAACGGGACAUACUGGAACUUCAGGAAACCAAUGUCCAGCUUCAGGCUCAGCUUCACCACAUGUCUACAAAUCUAGUCACCUCUAGCCAUCCCAGUAAAUCUCAGUCCCUCUCAUUGUUCAACGAGAUAUCUCAGAUGUCUCCUGAUCAUAUCUCACCACUCACCUCACCAGAAUCAUCUAAAACAUUCCCGCUGGAUUCGGAUACUAGUGGAGGGUCCUUUCUAGCUGACCUAAUGGAGGAGGAUGAGUAUGAAUGUGAUGAUGACAUUUACCUUACAUCUCCGGGAACACAGCUACCACUACACACUGCACUCUCCGAUUCUCAGUUCCUAGAAAACUUUCAGUAUUCAUCCCAACAUUAUCACGAUGAUGAACAGUUUCAUCAAGAACUAGUCAAUGUGUUUACCCAGUUAAAGGAUAUGUGUGCGAGUCUUCGGCAUGGUAAUGGUAACAAUGAUAUGCGCGAGUGCUCAGAUUAUACACUGUGUGAGGAUAUACGUCCAGGGGUGCUGUCAAACCUGCUUCAAGAAUUCAAGGAAUUAAUGCAGGAGGUUCUCACUUUCAAACCUACGAUAAUGGAAGAAUCUCAGGUGUGCUUGGAUGGAGAGGAUCUUAUUUGUGUAUCAGAGCUCAGUAAACACAUCUCUGAUCUGAAGGAUGAGCUGAGGGGUGCCCAGGGUGAUCUCGAUCAUCUAAAACAGGAGCUGACUCGAAGGGACUCCCAACUGGAGCAGAAAACUCAAGAGCUUAAGAAUCUCACAGGAAAGGUAAAGGUCACCAUUUUAGAGUUGUCCAUGCAGCACGAUAUGCUCGCUGAUGUUCAGAUGGAGCGGGAUCGCCUACAUAGGGCACUGCUACAAAGUGGACACACAACUGAACAAGAAAUUGUUCAACAAGCUCAACAGGAAAGGGACUUUGCAAUAGAAAAGAAAAACAAAAUGGAAAUAGAAUUGGCAGAAUCUAAGUUUGAACUGAUGGAGUUAAAGUCUCAGUUAAUGGAAGCUAUUCAGCAGAAGAUGGCAUUAAGUCAGGAAUUAGAACAAUGGCAGAAUGAUAUGGAACAAUUGUUUGAUGUUCAUAUUGAAAAAAACUUUCAAAGGGAUGCUAAGGGGCAAGAACUUUGUCAAGAAUUAAAGAAAAGUAUACAUGGCAUGAGGAAAUCCAAAUCUGCAUUAAAUUUCUCCACCUACCAUUAGCAGUGACUGAAUCUGCUCAAGUACGAUUUUAAUUGAAGCUCAAUACUUUGGUCCACCAUUGAUCUCUGGACUAUUGUUAUAAGAGAACCAAAUGUCUUUCAUCCAAAAAAGAAAAGAAAAAUAUAAAAAUGUCAAUGCAUUUCCAAACUUUGUGAACUACAGAAUUUUUAAAACCCAAUAGAAUCUGUAUUGAAGUACUGGUAUUUCCAUAUACUUUUUAGCAUAGAUCUGUCUGGAAUGACGAAGUUGCAAUGCCCAAUAUUGUUUUUAUUGUGGUGAAAACUAAUUUUGUUUUUAUCAUAUACAUGUACUUUUGCUUGCCAUUUGUUUUGUUGCAAUAAUAAAAGUUAACAUAUCACAAA